AGAUACAUUGUCCAACUUAAAAAUUUAUUGAAGUUUUUUGCCUUGGAAAUCUCUCCCUGACGACAACACUUAUCAGCAUCAGUGUUAUGGAGAACUGGCAGGUAUAAAAGGACAGACAGAAAGGUGGGGACAGCCAUAAAGGACCUGGGAAACAGCUGAAGACCAAGAUGGAGAAAACAGGGAAGCUUGUCCUCUGUGUCUGCUUGACCUUCAUGUUAAUUGGCAGUACUAAGGGGGUAUCUCGUACAUCUGAAACAAAUAUGACAAUGACCACCAGCAGCACCAAUGAAACUGCUACGAGCCGACCUGCAGCGACCACACCAAUGCCUCACCUCAGCUCUACUCAUGUAACCUCCGACGACCACACCAACAGCACUUCACCCACGAGACCACGCCCUUCAUCCCCCACCUCAGCCGUCUCUACGACCUCCACGACUGUCACCUUCUCAUCAUGGCAGACCACAGUGUCCAAAGGAACCACCCAAAACCCUGAAGCCACAAACCACACCACUCACCAUUCUCCAAACGGGACUGUUGGUGUUAAGUCUACCACAGUUGCAGCAACAUCAAAAGGAGGGUCUUCAUCUUUGUUCAGGUCCUGCAGUCAACUGCUGGUGCCCAUAAUUGCCACUCUGAUCUACGGUGCAUAGGGCUGAAAGUGUUACACCAAGGGACUCCAUCUUUUUUUUCCUGUUAUAUUAAAUCCAUUAAUUAUUUUACGUAUUUCAAAAAAAAAAAUUCACAGAUUCACUUUUCCUCAGUUGAAAUGUUUGAUUUUUUGACUCUCAGAGACUUUCUUAUUUAAUGGCUCAUAAUGUGACAGUCACACAUUAAUGAUAUUAAUGCUAUGAAGUGCUUUGUUGGCACUGAGCUCUUCUCCGUCUUAAACCAAGACUGAUGUACAAAAAAAAAAAAAAAGUAGAAGACCAUGAUUCAGAUGUAAAAACUAUAUUAAGUCAUAAAAUAAUGACAUUGGAUAACAUUGGAUAUGGAAUUCAUCUGAAUGUUGUUUUGGCAAAUAAAAUCCAAAUUCAAUUGAAAUGGGACUCUAUUUUAAGUUAAGUGGGAGGAAAAUGGUUAAUUUGGGGAGUAGGAACUGGGAAAUAGUACGGUACUGGAUUAAUCCUACAACAGCUUCAGUUCUAUUAAAACAGAUGGAAAUGGCAGAUUUGCGACUGCCAUCAAAUUUGCAUUUUGGUUUUGAAAUUGAAAAGAUGUAUCAUUAAAUUCAAAUGGCGUCACAUUCAAAUUCAGGGUGUUUGUCUAAAACCACCUUUAAUGUUUUGUUUUGUUUUUGUUUCCUUACAACAUGACAGCGUUGUAUUUGAAAGUAUCUUUAUAAUCUUUUCAAGCUGAUGGUUUUUAAAGUACAUAUGGAAUAUACUGAACAUGUCUUAUGCUAUAUAGAUUGAAUAAGUAAAAAAUUGUGUAUGAUGUAGAUUAACUGUGGACCUGGCCAAAAGUCAGGCAGAUCUUCUUCGCUAAAUAAAGUUUCCAGUCAACUGUCAAGUUACUACUAUUCUUGUGGGACUAAAUUAAUUUUUAGGAUUUUAAAACCUAUUUAGAUGAAACUACAUUUCAUGUCUAUUGUAUGUAUAUUUAAAACAAUGUAGGAGAAUGGAUAUGUGACAGAAGUAAGCACUUUAAAUUGAGUGAAUUAUGGGUUUAAUGUCCAUUUUAAAUUUGAUUGAGCAUUAUGGUUUAAAUGCAGCAAUGUAAAUCAAGAGCUGUAUGUUUGUAACUUUAUUGUUUUUCCAUUUUUAAAAUAUGUUUAAAUCCACUGAAUUGAAUUCUGAUGCAAUUUAAUUGUCCUCAGAGUAACAAAUAUUUUGACAAUUAUAUAACAAAUAUAUUUUUACUGUUCAAUUUUAGUGAGGAAUUG